AUGACCGAUACUGAACCAUUGACAUCCAAUGUUCGACCAGCUACUGACGCUUUAAUCACAAUUCGUAUCAUCAAGUCAUUUCCUUAUCGCAAUGUGAAGAAUUUGAUCAUAAAGGAUAUCGAUUUGAAAUCAUCUACAUCACAAGAACUAUUUGACCAAGUUGUUAAUGAAAUAAAUACUACAGGCGGAUUGAGGCCGUAUAGAAAUGUGCAAUAUGACUCGUUGAAGAUAUAUACCAAAGCUCACGGGUCAAAAUCGAUGAACUUGGUUAUAAAUUUUGAGAAUGACGAGGAAUGGGUGAUUUUCAAGAAAGGGGACUCCAUUGGAGACAAAUCUCUAUGGGAUUUAGGUAUUCAAAAUGAAACUGAGAUAAGUAUAUUCAACUGGGACGAUUAUGUUGAGUACAAGAAAAAUCCCGAAGAGAAGUGGUAG